GAGGUCUCUAGAUGUGGGUCAUGAAAUGAGUCCAUGGCUUUGGUGUUCGCCUGUCAGCAGCCACUAAGACUGACGCAAGCUAGCGGAGGCAGGGGGACUGGCACGGAGUAGAACUAGCCUCUCAGCAGACAAUUGGAACAGGAAGCAAGGAAGGAAAGGGUCUUUCACCCGGAGGAAGACUGGCAAACUCAUUGGGAUUGUGACAAGACAGCCACACAGUAGCUCCAGAGACCACCCAUUACGAUAAGGACACAAUAAGAAGGUCGGAAAAUGAACAGCACCCUGUCAAACACUUCCAUCAAGUGCGUUCGGGACACCAGUGUGACAGCGGUGGUUUUCCCCUGUCUGUACAGCAUUCUCUUCGUAGUCGCCCUCAUACUAAACUCCCUGGCUGCAUGGAUCUUCUUCAACAUCCCCAGCUCCUCCACAUUUGUGGUCUUUCUGAAAAAUGUGGUGGUGGCUGACUUGCUGAUGACCCUGACCAUCCCUCUGAGAGUCUUAAGCGAUGCAGGUGUGGGUUCCUGGCGACUGCGCGCCUUCCACUGCCGAUACUCUGCCGUUCUCUUCUACAUCACCAUGUACAUCAGCAUCCUCUUGCUGGGUCUCAUCAGCCUGGAUCGCUACCUGAAGAUAGUCAGGCCCUUUGGGAAGUGUGCCCUGCAGCGGGUUCGUGUUGGUCAGAUCCUCAGUGCAGCCAUUUGGGUGGUCAUGUUGUCUUUAGCGUUACCCAACGUUAUUCUGAGUGACCAGCCGCCACGGGUCUCUGGAGGCAGACUGAAGUGCACCUCCAUGAAGAGCAAAGCUGGCAUGCUGUGGCAUGAAGGAUUCAACUACUUCUGUCAGGUGGUUUUCUGGGGCACGCUGGCCUUGAUGGUGGUUUGCUACACGUUCAUCAGCAAGAAGGUUUAUGAGUCAUACAAAGCUUCAAAGAGCAGAUCUCAAGCGGCCAGUCGCAGAACCAAAGCAAAGGUGUUUGUGGUGGUGGGGGUGUUUUUCAUCUGCUUUGCCCCCUUUCACUUUGCCCGCGUUCCUUACACUCUGACCCAAACUGGUAGCUUGGCGAGUCAUUGCCGGGCACAGAACGCUCUCUACAUUGCAAAGGAAACCACCCUGUGGCUGUCCGCCACUAAUGUGUGCCUGGACCCGCUUAUCUAUGUGUUCCUGUGUAAGGUGUUCAGGAGAAGACUGACAGCCACAAUCUGCCGUAAGCCACUCAACAAAGGUGGCACGGAGUCCACAGCAACGUCAACUCAACUGGAGAUGUCAAAGAUCGCCCAAAGUAACAGACUGUCGUAUAACGGGAUUCCACAGUAAGAUUCUGGACAAUGUACAAUGAAAAAUUAAUAACUGUAACUGUCAAGGCGUGACGAGACACUGCCUGGCAGGUUAUUUGACUUGUAAAUAACAUUUUAUCUUGGUUGUAUAAAUUAUAAAAUUAAUGUAAGGUGAACAAAAUCAAAAACAAACAAAAAAUGGACAACGCUGUGACAGAAAAGAGUCAAACAUGUCUGGAGGUGGUAAUGAAGUUUCACACCACUGAUGAUGACUCUUUCUCACACAGUAUACUAACCAAGAACUUCGUGUUUGCUAAGUCAUCCAACAUGUUUCCUUAAUUGUGCUUACUGUCACUUUCCACUUCCUCCUCUUCUCUAAUCUCAUUCAAACUGCAAUUUCCCUUCAAAAAACUCUGGCGAAAGGGUAAACAUCUUGACAGCGCAUAUUCUCCAAUGAUUGCACCACAGGCACAACGUGACUGCCGGGACCGUAUGAUAACCAAAUGAGGAAUGCAAUAGACACUGCUUACAGGUGUAACUUCAUGCUAUAUAAAAGGCAUUAAUAAUAAUAAAAUUGUUAUUUUUCAUACUACUCUUGCAUGAUGCUGACUUUUUAUACUUCAGGUUAGAGUCACAUGUGGAUGAGGUUCAAGAGAAGGUUGAGGAGCUAGGACAUUAUUCUAAAAACCAUGGUUCCCAACAUUUUUCCUUGAGGGAUCUCUUUUCUAUAAUUGAGUAAACUGAUGAAGUCUGACUGAUAUAUUUCAGGGAUAUUUCAUAUUAUAUUAAAUGCUAACUAUAACAGUACAGAACAACUGAUAAACUGAAUAAUAAACCCAAAUAGUGAGCACAAUAACCACAAGAGGUUUGUGUAAAAUAAGUUGUUCAAAUUAAUUUUUGAGCGGAUUAUUUCUUAUGAAUACGACAUCAGAGACAAGUUUGUCAGAUGACGUUACCUGGUAGUUUAGGGAACUUUUUACACAAUUCUGUCUGGAUUAUGUAUUUUUUUAUUUUCAACAAUCAUACAUAGCUACUAAGCUUCUUUUUUUGUGACGGAUUCAGCAUUUCUUCUUCCUGAUGCUUGGCUAUAAUCCUCUUAGCUCUUUGGUUGUUUUAAUUUUGUACUUUUCUAAUGCAGGAUGAGGCUGUUUAGCAGAGAGUGAAGGCUCUGCUUGUGCUCAGGUCAUCACGGUGCUCUUAUAUCAUGAGAUUUUUUUAAGUCUGUAUCUUGAAUAAUAAUCUAAACUUUGAAAUAAAAAUUUAAUCUAGUUUUCGUCUUCAAA